CCAACUUCACAUUUUAAAACAUCGAGACCAUAUGAAAGACCUCCGAAGGUACCUGGUGUUCAAAUACAUCCAAUAUCUAGUCCUACCUUCUCCAAACACCAUUAUCACUCUACUGGGAUUGCUUGCCAGUCUGUAUGUCAUGCUGAUAUUGACAUUUCCUUCUGUAUCCAGAAAAUCCACUGUGGUGUUUAUUAGUAACAUAGCUCAGGCAGACAUCUUAGUUGGCUGUAGCAUUUUUUCUGCCAUUACAGAAGGUGUGAUAAAGAAUGAAACAUUGGCAGCUUCUUUUCAAUUUGCCUUGAGGGAGAACUUCCAAAUUGCAAACGUCCAUGCCAGUUCCCUUUUACUCAGCUGUGUUAGCCUUGAGGCUUUUCUGAUUACUUUUCUUCCAGUAGAGACACGCCACAUAAGGAAUGUUAGAUGUGCCAGAGUAGCUUCUAAGAUCAUCUGGGCUGCUGUAAUUACUGAGUGUUUCCUUUAUCAGCUUGAGUGCAUCAAAGGCCUCAAUAUCUCUUAUAUUGGCAUUCAUAGGCAAGUUCGGCUAUUGAUGAAUUUCUGUUAUGACACCACAGCAUUGCUGAAAUUGCUUAUUUACCCAAUUGGAGUUCUUUUAAGAAUCUUCAACAUAUUUAUUUUCUAUAAAAUGUAUUUCUGAGACUGUUAUAGUUAGUUAGAAAUAUGAGAUACAGUGCCCAGUUGUUUUGUCAAACACUCAUAUUUAAUGGUGCUGUGAAGACAUUUUAUAGAUACAAUUAACUUUUAAUUUGCUACCAUUAAGAAAAAGACUAACAUCAAUAGUGAAAAUGGACCACAUCUAAUCAGCUGAAGGCCUUGAGAGCAAAACACAGGUUUUCCAGUGAAAGGAAUAUUGCCUGAAGACUGGUAACUUGAGGUUCGAAGCUGUUGUCUGUACUGCAUAUUCAGCCUCAAGACCACAGCAUGUGUUCCUGAUGUUCCAGCUUUGUGGUCCACUGUCACAGAGUUUGAACUUUCUAGCUCUGAAAAAUCAUGUAAGACAGUUAACUUAAAAGAAAGAGAAAAUACAACCUCCUUGGUCUGGAUAAUGUCACUUAUAUGUGCGUUUUCAGGGCUGACUACUUGGUGUUGGGUAAGGAAUGGGUGUGCUCUUCCCUGGGAAGACAAUUUCUUCUGCUCUCAGCAUCUCUUAGUUGCCUGUAGCUCUAUGUCUAGGGCUGAGGCCUUGUGAGCUUUCCAUCUCCAUAUUAGCGUGUCUGUCGGUGUUGUCCUUGUUCAGGUCAUGUUAAGGCAGCCAUGUUGGUAAGACUUCAUGGGUGUAGCUUCUGACAUUACUAAGAGAGACAGUCUCAUAGCAAACUCCCUUAUCUCCUGGCUCUUAGAAUCUUUUCACCCUCUCUUCUACAAUUGCAAUUGAUGAAAAAAGAGGCCAUGAAUUGAAAGAGAGCAAGGAGGGGUUUAUGGGAGG